UCGUUUCACGCAGGGUUUACCAGAAAAGAGACGUGCGGCGAUUAGCAGUAGUUAGAUUUGGCAAUAAGAAAGGUAAACAAGUUGGCGACAUCCUGAUCAUACACGACAAGAAGCAAGCUUGUCGAACUCUUGUUUAACGGUCAGAAAAUUUCGUUCAAAGCUGUAUUCUAAUUCAAAUAAUCGUUCAUUUAUUGGAUUUUUGUAAACUGUUCAUUUGUAUAAAUAGGAAGCAAUGCCUAAGCAUGGAUUUCUGACCCCUAAGGCUAUUGCAAAUAGAAUCAAGGCCAAAGGUUUGCAGAAGUUGCGAUGGUACUGCCAAAUGUGUCAAAAACAAUGUCGAGAUGAAAAUGGUUUCAAAUGUCACACGAGCUCAGAAUCUCACCAGAGGCAACUCCUGUUAUUUGCUGAAAAUCCUGACAAAUAUAUAGACCAAUUCUCACAAGAGUUCUUAGAUGACUUUAUGCAACUGCUGAAACGGCGAUUUGGAACCAGGAGAGUCCAUGCUAAUCAAGUGUACCAGGAAUACAUUGCUGAUCGUAACCACCUCCACAUGAAUGCCACUCAGUGGGAGACCCUCACUGAUUUUGUAAAGUGGCUUGGGCGUGAAGGUCAUUGUACUGUUGAUGAGACAGAAAAAGGUUGGUUCAUAAGUUAUAUUGACCGAGACCCUGAAACAAUUAAACGCCAGGAAGCCCUAAUGAAACAUGAAAAGAUGAAACUUGAUGAUGAAGAAAGAAUGGCAAAACUUUUUCAGCGCCAAAUGGAGAGAGAUAAAUCGAAACCUAAACCAGAAUCAGUUUUCACAGAACUUAAAAAGACAGAUGAAGAUGAAAAAAUUGCAUUCGCCAUGAAAUCUGUUGAUGCAAGUAAAAAAUCUGCUAUUGAUGUAAAACAGAAUCCUUUGAUCACUGCUGUUGCCUCAAGAACUGAUAAUUUAAAUAGCUCAAAAGAUAAGAAAACUGAAGAUAAAAAAAGGAAAUUAGCCCUGGAGGAAAUAAUAGAGCAGGAAAAGGCAAUUCAAGAGAAGAAAAGUCGGAAAGACUAUUGGCUUGCUUCUGGAAUUAUCGUUAAAGCUGUGUCCAAAAAGUUGGGGAAAGAAUUCUAUAAUAAGAAAGUGCUAGUAACAGAAGUUCAAGACAAUUAUUAUGCUAUUAUAGAGACUCUCGACUCUGGUGAAAAAACUGUUGCACAUCAGAAGCAACUGGAAACGGUUAUUCCUAAUGUUGGUAGAAAACUUCUAAUACUUAAUGGAGCUUAUCGAGGAUGUGAAGCAGUCCUUUUAAAUGUUAAUUAUGAAACAUUUUCUGUUAAUGUUAAAAUCUCAGGAGGUUCUUUCAAAGGAAAAGUUUUAGAUUUUGUUAAAUAUGAAGAUGUUUCCAAGUUACACAAGCAAACUUGAUUCUUAUUAGAGUAAGAUAAAAUUUAUAAAUGUAUAAAAGUCUUAUUUUUUUUCAAUCUGUAUUGUGAAUAUGAAAAUUA